UUGAAAGGUUUACUGCAUCUGUCCUUAACUAGACGUAAUAGUGAGCCCUAGAAUUUGUUGCAUUUGGAAUUAGUGCCUGCUGCUACUUAAACGCUAAUACUGCAUUUCUUUUGCACGAAUGAGCGAGAUGGCUCUUAAAAGCAUUGUUACACAACCCUGAGCCUCGUGUUAUGUUUGCACGUCUGUGUGCAGAUGUAAAGAGCACCCAAACACAAUGCCGCAUUUCUAAACGAAGUUAGCAAGCGCCAACAUUUUAGCUAACUGCUCACGUUUGUGCCAGCAUUCAAACGUUUACCUGUUUGCAUGUUCGAAUGAGUCAUUGAAUCAUCGCGAAAGUGUUAAAUGAGACUGAUUACUUAUUUAUUACUUAUGCAGCGUUUCAUUUUUUUUAAAUCGAGAGUAUGAAUAAUAUCACGUUUUAGCGAAAGUGUUAAAUGAGAUUGAUUAUCACUUCUGCGGGGCUUCAUUUUUUUUUUUUUUUAAUCAAGAGUAUGAAUAAUAUCACGUUUUUGCGAGUAUGAUGGUUUACCAAGCCCUGCCUGCAUAUUUUUCCCAAGUUAUUGGCAUUGUACGAUGUCAUCGCUUCAACUAAUCUAUGAUAUGGUGGUCGCAUAUCGCAGUUGUCGUCAGUGGAGGCUCAAUUUUUGGCAUCACACACGUCGGUGAUGUGUGAGAGUGAAGCUGCAUCAUCAUCGUCGUCAUCAUCCUACUCCAGCAUCCUCCCUUUCCCGACACCCCGCACCCACCCUCCCCGGCCGAGGACGUCUCCUGGGAGCCCGGGGCUGUGUGAGGCGGCGUCCGCAUCGCUCAAGCAUCCGAGGGGGCACCCGUCAUCGCCCGUUACAUCCACUCCCGCGCCCUCAGCAUCCUUGUUUCUCCCAAGACCGCUACCAGGAACACACCUCUCUCGGGUUGGACCCCUCUGCCUCGCCUGCGUCCCCUCCUCCCUCAAUCCCUCCCACCGCCAUCUGUCCUCCGCGCCCCUAAACGUCACCCCGCCGCUCUCCGAGUAAGCGCCCGGUAAAAGCAGGCAAGCUGUCUCUUCUCCCCAGGAAAGUGUUUCCCUGCUGGGCCGCCGGUCUCCCGCUGCCCCUCUGGAGGAUGAUCCUGUGGAUGAAAACGGAGGAGAUGGACGUCGGGGAGCUGCUCGAGAGGCUGAGGACGGUUAGCAGGAGUAUAGAUGAGAUCAUGCAAUUGGACAGCAGCCCCCUCCACGCUGCUGACAUCACUCCUGAACUCAGGAGGCAGUUCGCUUUUCUUUCAGGAGGAAGAGGAGACAACGGCAGCCCCAUCAUUGUGUUCCCGGAAUUCCCGUCCUUCGGCGAGAUCACGGACCGGGAGUUUCACAAUGUGCUCACGUAUUUGACGAGUGUACCCAGUUUGCCAUCAACAGACGUGGGCUUCAUCCUGGUCAUCGAUCGCCGGCAGGACCGAUGGGCGGCCGUCAAAGGGACCCUGCUUCGGAUCGCGGGCUCCUUCCCCGGAAACCUUCAGCUGGUUCUCAUCCUGCGGCCCACCACACUCCUCCAGCGCACGCUCUCCGACAUCCUAUUUAAGUUCAACAAAGAUGAUUUCAAAAUGAAAGUGCCUGUGAUCAUGCUGAGCUCGGUGAGCGAGCUUCACUCGUACAUUGACCACAUGCAGCUGAGCCAGGAACUCGGCGGAACGCAGGCAUACUGUCACGAGAAGUGGAUCGCUCACCGCAUCGCUAUCGAGGGCUUUGCCCUGAUGGUGAAGAAGAUGGCCCAGGCCCUGCAGUCGUUUGGCGCUGAGCUGGCUGAAAGCGAACUCCCGAGCGAGACCCAGGCCACCGUCGUCCUCCUCAGUGCGCACGGCACCAAGAAAGACCAGAUGAAGGAUGAUUUGCUGGUGGCUCUGAAGCAAGGCAGCAGGCUGUUGGAGAGCAUCAAUGAACCUUUGGUGCGCAACCCCGAGCACAGGAUGAACCACGACGAACUGGAGAACCUGGCGACAGUGCAGAGGCUUCUGUCUCAGCUGGACGAGACGGAACGGGCUUUUGACGAGUUCUGGGGGAAGCACCGGGCCAAACUGGAGCAAUGCCUCCAGCUGCGCCACUUUGAGGACGACCACAAGGAGGUCAGGCUUCUGCUGGAUCAGCUGUCUGAGAAACUGGCCGCCUUCUCUGAGGUGGGGAUAAGCCCCGCUCACGCCGACCAUAUCCUCGGUGAUCUCGCCGCUUAUGAGGGGAGAGUCUGCGAGGUACUGCACAGAGCUAUGGCUUUGGCCCACGCAGGUGAUGACCUCGUCCAAAAGGCUCACUACGCUCAGGAUUCCAUCGUGUCGAAAACCAGCGAGCUCCGGACGCUCUGCCAGGAAUUGAGCGACAACCUGAAGGCAAAGAAGGAGCUGCUCCUCAAAGCCCAAGAACUGCAUCGCCUCUUGGAGAGAGCCUCAAAGUGGUGCGACGAUGGCAUUUUCCUGCUGGCCUCCCAGCCCGUGGACAAGUGUCAAUCACACGAGGGGGCGGAGUCAGCCCUGCAGGAGUUGGAGGCCUUCCUGGCGGACGCAGGCGGGGACCGACUGUUGGACCUGACCAGCAUAAUUUCAAAUUAUGAAGCAGUCCUGGACCAGCAGCUCAGGGACCAAGUGGAAAAAGUGUUGCAAAAGCAAACAUCCAUGCAGAAGAUGUUUGACAAGAGGAGGGUCAGCCUCAACAAGCUGGCAGCCAAGCAGACCAGGCCAGUGCAGCCGGUCGCUCCCAGACCCGAAGCCUUCAUCAAAUCUCCUCUCAGCUCACCUGCGCACAGAGGUAAACUGGACAGAAGCCAAUCCGAGGGGAACAACGCAAGCCAUGACAAAGGAGACCAGCAGCAGAUGGGCGAGGCUAAACGCAGGCACGGUUCUCUGUCGGAAGAAGAGGAGAACUCGGCCGUGCUCAGGAGGCACGUCAUGAACGAACUGCUGGAAACGGAGCGGGCUUAUGUGGAGGAGUUGCUGUGUGUCCUCCAGGGCUACGCCUCCGAGAUGGAUAACGCUUCAAUGGCGCACCUCAUCCCUGCCCAUUUGCAGAACAAAAAGGAGGUUCUGUUUGGCAACAUGCCGGAAAUCUACCACUUCCACAAGAGGACAUUCCUGAGGGAGUUGGAGCUCUACGCAGACUGUCCGGAACUAGUCGGGCGAUGUUUCCUGCAAAGGAUGACGGACCUCCAGAUCUACGAGAAGUACUGCCACAACAAGCCGCGCUCGGAAAGCCUCUGGCGGCAGUGCUCCGACUGCGUCUUCUUCCAGGAGUGUCAGAAAAAGUUGGAGCACAAACUUGGUUUGGAUUCCUACUUGCUGAAGCCUGUGCAGAGAAUCACCAAAUAUCAGCUUCUGUUGAAGGAAAUGCUCAAGUACAGCAAAGGCUGUGAAGGUACAGAAGACCUGCAAGAGGCUCUCACGUCGAUCUUGGGCAUCCUCAAAGCCGUCAAUGACUCCAUGCACCUCAUCGCCAUUACAGGAUAUGAGGGCAACCUGAGCGAUCUGGGCAAGCUGCUCAUGCAGGGCUCCUUCAGCGUGUGGACGGAACACAAGAAAGGCCACGCCAAGGUCAAGGACCUGGCCCGCUUCAAGCCCAUGCAGAGGCACAUCUUCCUGCACGAGAAGGCCCUCCUCUUCUGCAAGCGGCGGGAGGAGAGCGGCGAGGGCUACGAGAAGGCGCCCUCAUACAGCUUCAAGCAGUCGCUCAGCAUGAACGCCGUGGGCAUUACCGAAAACGCCAAGGGAGACAACAAGAAGUUUGAAAUCUGGUGUAACUCCAGAGAAGAGGUCUACAUUGUGCAGGCACCAACAGCUGAAGUGAAAACCACCUGGGUGAAGGAGAUAAGGAAGGUUUUGACAACUCAGCUGGAAGCAUGCCGAGAGGCGAGCCAGCAGAGGGCGCCAGAACAAAUUGGCCAAUGUCCGCCAGUGCCAGGAGGACCGGAGAAUCAAAGCAGUCCGUUGAAGAUGGGCCGGAGGAGUUUGAAAAAAGGAGAUGAGAGGAAAGCGGAGCACUGCGGCCUCGAUGCCAAUUCGUCUCCCUCGCCCAAGUCGGCGGUCAGAGAGAGAGCCACAAGCCCGACCUCAGACCGAAGCGCCGCCGCUAAAAAACGUUUUACUUUGCAGGGCUUCAGUAACCUCAAAGCUCAGAAAGGAUCCCCGACCAGCCCCGAUCACAAGACCAAGCGCCAGAGCGACCCGACGCCGUUCGGCUUUCAAGGCUGGAACAAGGCCUCCCUCUCGAUGGACGCGUCGGAGGAACACGAAGGCUACUCCAGCGGCGAGGAUCCUCUCAACUCCGACCCAGAGGACGACAGCGGCAGGAAGCUGUGCGCUGGUAAAUACACGGUGACGGGCGACCACGAGAAGGCUUCCCCUGGAGAAGUGGCGGUGAAAGCGGGCGACGCGGUGAAGCUGGUGAAGGAGGGCGAGGACGGACAGUGGCUGGUGCGUAACCUGAACACCUCGGCGGAAGGGUGGAUGGCCUCGGCUCAUUUGCUCAACCUCGUCUCGAAGUCCAAGUCGUGCCAGUCGCUCACCAGCUCAGAAGGAAGCGGAUCAGGACACCUCAGCACAUCCUCCAGUUGCAGCGAAACCUGCACGCCUUUCACCGACGCCAAAUCUUGAGCCGACGAGGAGCACCACCCACCCCCCGCCCCUCCGUUUUGCUGUACACGUGAAUAUUCAUAAUUAGCCGUUAAAACCAGCACAUUUGCAGUCAUCCGCACAAAAGCAUCCUGCGGCCUUUACGGGAGAAGCGUAGUUUAUUUUGAAUUUACGGUACUGAUACUUGAUGGUAUGUCAGAACCACGUUCGAGACGUAACGGGCCAGCAGGACUGAUCUCACCUCGUGUCCAUUCGGUGGACCCCGACACGCAGCGGAUUUAGCUGCUGUGUUACAUAUUUAUUUCCAAGAUGUGCGCGAUAUACACAAAUGUCACUUUUACUUCCAAUAUCAUAUUUUUUUACGACUUGUCUGUCCCUCGCUGUCAUUAGAAUAUUUUUCCACCACGUUUGUGUCACGUGUCCACCGCAACACUCUGCGAAAUGAAAAUGUGUAUAAUCAGAGGUUGACUUUGUCCAGCGCUAACUUAUUCCCCUCGUGCUCUGAUUGUAGAUAUUGUUCAUUAACGCCUGUCAUGAGAUGUUUAUUAUCGGAGCUGCUAUAUUGAUAAAUGGGAGAGAUGAAUGUUUUGGUCCAAAAUGUGCAAAUCAACCCCAGAUCUAAAUCCCUGAAUGAUCUGAAAAGACGCGUACGAGCGAGCCAACCCACAAUACUGACCCAGUUCUACCAGUCCUGUCAGGAGGAAUGGGGCCACGAUUCCAGCAGAGAACUGACAGAAACUCGUGGGAGGUAACCCAAAACCUUUGACCCGAGUCACGCAGUUCACGGGAAAUGCACGUCAACACUUUUGACCUUUAAUGAUAUAAAAUUCUCAAUGAAAUGAUCUCAUUGUGGCAUUUAACAAAAUGAAAUAAUUUGACGGACCUGAAACAGGAAAGCUUUCGUCUGUUUCGACUCCAGACAGACAAAAAAAAAAAUAUAUA